UAUAAUUCCAAAGUCAUCUUUUACGCAUUCCAUGUGUGUUUUUUGAUAAUUUGAUACUCUUUUGUAGGAUUUAUAUGCUGACGGCAUUUUAAACUGCAUUGUUUCAUUCAAAAAUUUUUUUUCCCAAUUGUUCUCCAGGGAACUUUUUACAUACAUAAAAUACCCCAACCUGAAUGGAAUAAACUACAUAAUAAUGUGAUCGUAAAACGCAUUGCUGGAAUUUUGUACAUCGCGGACACAUCUAGUUACUGCAAUUUGGUUUGUGAAUACCUAUGGAACCACGUUGGCAAGGUACAAAAAUGCAAAGAGAAAUGUUCAAAUGGCUGGAAGAUAUUAGAGUUUAAGCAUUAAUUAUUAUAAUAAUAGAAAGUUAAAGAUUUUAGCUUGCAGAAAAUCUUGAAAACAAAGUUAAGGAAAGUUUUAACAGAGGUUGGUCGAAUUCACUGGUUUUAUGAACGGUCCGCUUGCAAGAAUACUUUGCUCGUUCACAUCAGGUGAGGAAACUUUGCACACUUGUCGAAUGCUUUAAAACGUUCAGAUUUAUCUAUUCCUGGGUUGCUUCGUUACAAAGGAUGGACAUUGAUUUAGAUUUUAUCCGUCUACCUAAUGUCUUCGAACAAAGUAUUUUAGCAAGUGGACCUUUUAUCAAUAAGGCAGAAGCAAGUCAGCUGGAAAAGGUUAAACCCAGCACAUUUCUAAAGCUGUACAAUAACAAGACCGUUCUAACCACUAAGGCAUGCUUAAAUAAACUAAAAAAGUUGGUUGAUGUUGUUAAGGAAAAGUGGCAACAAAAGUAUGCUUUAAUACUUGCGAAUGGAUACAUGCCACAAAAGUCGGCUUAUCUACUAGACAAUUCGUUACAUUACGAGGGUAGAGCGUUGGAUAUCCAGUUAAAAGAAAGACGUUCAAGUAAGAAGCUCGAAGAUGCUGCUAAACAAAAGACCAAGGAUGAUAAGAUUCACCAUCGACUUGCAUGGCUCGCUUAUUACAAAGCUGGCUUUAACUUUGCUAGACCAAAGAAGACCUUUUACGGAGAACUUUUACAUGUGUCUUGCAGACGUGACAGAUAGUCAAACACUUAUUUCAUGCCAAAUAUCAACUCUUGUGAGAUUAUCUAUUAUCUUAGUACGCACUUCAAUAUACACUGUCUAUGUAAGAGAAUGUUUUAAUCAAAUAUCCCAAAGAUGUUUAAUAUGUUAAUAUGCACAAAAUGAUAGCUCAUUAAAAAGGGAACUCUCGCGGCAAUAGAGUAAUGGCCGUCGUAAUUUCGUCAAAUAAAGUACGCAAUGGUUUCUGGAAAUAUGAGUUAAAUUAAAGAAAUGAACGCAUUAUUCAGGCUUUUUUUCAGUGCGAGGGUAACCAUGGUACACAAUAAUAAAUUGCU